AUGGCAGUGGAUCUACUUAAGUUAAUUUGCAACGAAUGGCAGAUUAACUUUGAACUUUAUAUAGCGGAGGAUGGAGCAUUCGGAGCCUUAACGAAUGGCACAUGGAAUGGCAUCAUCAAUGAAGUUUAUUCUGGCAAAGCAGAUAUUGGUGUUCAAGGAAUUACACCUACAGCCGAAAGGAAUAAGGUUGUUGAUUUUUCAGAAGGCUAUCGAUAUAAUUACUAUUUCAUAAUUCGCCGAACUGCGCUAAAAAAGUUAUCAUUUUUCAACUACAAGUUCUUAGAACCUCUGGAUGCUCUUUUGCUUUUAAUGAUGGUCGCGUCAAGCAUAAUACUUCAAGUUAUGCUGUUUCUGUUUGAAAAUGUCACCACACGUGGUUUAAAGAUCGAAAAACGUUUUACCUGGCGAGAUGUCCUUGCAUAUUCCACAGGCUUAGUAUUCCAACGUGAUAUUGGAGGCAGAAAUCCUAUCAGCUUUUAUGGGCGUCUAUCUUCCUUGGCUUUUGCUGUUUCCAUGAUUGUAAUAAUGUCAACGUACACUGCAAAAUUGACAGCAAACGAAAUCAAUAACCAGGAAUCAGAUGGCUUUCUGGGAAUAACUGACCCAAAGAUUUUAGAACCAACCACAGAGUUUAAGUUUGGAACAGUGAAAAGCACAAGUAUCGAAGGUUUCUUUCAACACCACCCUUCAACAAAGUUUCAAAGAGUUUACGACUUUAUGAAACCAUAUUCUGUCAAAAAUGACGAAGAAGGCGUAAAAGCUGUAAUAUCUGGAAAAAUAGAUGCAUUCAUCGCCACCACAUUUGUGUUACCUGUAACUUCCAAAACUGAAUACUGUUUUAAAACAAAAGCAUUUAUUGACGAACGCUACCAAACUGAAUUGGCAUUUGCUGCCCAAAUGAAGUCGCCAAUACUAAAAAAAGUUUCCCUGUCGAUAUUGAAAUACAAAGAAAACGGCGAAAUUAACAGAUUGUAUAAAAAAUGGUGUUACCAACCAGUAUGUAAGUCGUUCAAAGAAGAAAAUGCAAGAUUUGGAUUGGGAUACUUUGGUGGCUUUGCUGUUUUCAUCGCUGUUUCUCUACUUGUAUGCCUAGCAAUACUUGGAAUAGAGCAUGUUUACAGCAGGAACAUAGCAACUAAACGUGCCCAAGAAUGAAUCUCCAAAGGAUAACUUCAAAUUUACUUACUUUUAUUUGACAAAAGCAAAGUGUUGUAAUGGAUACUUUAAACAUUUCAUCUAAUGUUAAAGUCAAAUAUAAUAUAUAACUAUAACAAGGAUUUGCAAAAAAAGUAUAGGCUUUUUUAGAAUAUACUUUUCCCAGUUAUAUAUUUUAUUUAUAUUUUUAAAGAGGAAAAGCAUGUGCGCUUCUGUACAAGAUUU